AUGGGAUUACUAGGUCUGUUUGUGGAUUCGAAGUCUGUCUCCAAACAGAACAUCCAAAAAAUCGAGCAGGUCGCAGACGUGUGCGAUGCAGAGUGUGCAGAGUGCGAGUCUGCCACGGAUACCGCGGAAUUGGAGAAGAGCGAGGGCGUUUUUGGAAAACUCAAAGUGGAACAGGACUUCCCGCUGUUUGGGUCGGGCAAAACGGCCAAAAUUCACUUCGUGGUACCAACGUCGCAGAACGAUUGGGCACACGACGCGUGCAACGAGAAAAAGGGCUCUGUCCAGCAGAAAGUUUCCGAGUGGAUCGAAAAAAAUCAAUCCAAGUACCCUGGAGGAGAGGGCGAAAGCAUGAAAUGCAACGUGUCGUCGCUGCCUAUCGAUAUCAUGGACAUUGAGGCGAUGCGCGGCGCCAAGAGCGAUGUUCUGGUGCUGCCACAUUUUUUGACCAUCAAAGGUCUGAAGUCCUCCGAUGUAGACGCACAGUUGCGCGUAUUGGUCCCACUGCUGAUAGACAACAAGCGUAACGAAUUGCUGGCAAUGGACAACAUCGAAGAAGCGAAAGAGAACUCGUUUGUGUUUUUGUGCUCUCACAGAACUCGGGACAAAAGAUGCGGGAUUACGGCGCCUAUCUUGCAGAGGACAUUCUUCAAUGAGCUUCAAAAGCACGGGCUUUAUCGUGACGUGGCGGAUUUUAGACAUGGUGGCUGUAACGUGGCUUUUGUGAACCAUGUCGGGGGCCAUAAGUUUGUCGCCAACGUUAUCCUGUAUUUGAAACAAUCACACUCGUUGAUAUGGCUUGCUAGGGUGACCCCAAGAAAUGUGCCUGCUAUUGUUAAUCUGAUGGUAGUUCCGGAAAAUCCUCAAUUACCGUGGCCGGAAAAGGUUAGGUGUGUUCAAAAAUACACGGCAUGGUAA